ACAAGACUAUGUCCGACCAUACUUUAAUUAUAUUAUUUAUCCUAUAUAUAAAUUUAUAGUUAAAUAUAGAAAUCGUUUCUUUAUCUGUUCUAGAUCGUUGUAUUUCUGUAAUUAUAGGAUGUGUCGUAGACAAUAACAUAACUGCGAAUAAUUGCUAGCUUCUAACAUAUGUGAUCAUUCUGCUUAUAUAAAUUACAACAAUAAUAUUAUAUACUCGUUUCUAGAUAAUUCUAGAAUAAUUCUUAACGCUAUCGAUUUGAAUUUCUUUUCGUGUACGGCUGUCAGACAUAGCUUCUUAAGUAACAGGUUGAUCUCUAAAUUCGAAUACGCGUUUUUUUUUAAUUAUUCAAGUGUACAAAUAGCGAUGUACUCUUACAGUUUACAUUGUUACCUGGCUUGUGUCCCAUUGGCACGUUUCCACAAUAAGUUUUUACUGUUUAUAUACGUCGGUUUUGCUUUUCGAGUUUAUAUACAACGUACGCGUGUACGCAUCUCUACUCUAAUUAAUCGCGAUUAUGAUGCCCAUUGUAUAAGGUCUUGUACUUCGAUACGAGUUGAAUGAACAAGAACCUUGACUACUAUUCGGCAUCUACAGAUUGACAAGGUUAAAAGUUCCUGUUGUGUCGCUAUAUCUAGGUCACGGUUAUAGUACCGCGACUAAAAGUGGGACAUUUCUGCUCCACUUAAUUCUCUCUCUCUUUCUGGUUUCCCGGGAUGGUUUCGGGUCUGUUCGUUCGAGUUACGGGCAGACAAACGUACGCUUUUGGUUUCCGAUCUUAAUCGUUAUAAUGUAUAUAAACAACUCUCCUUAUACUCGUACACAAAUCGAUAACUCAAGGUUGUUGUUCCAUUUAACGAUGGAAUUUUGCCAGAAAGUCAAGGCCUAUCCCGAAUUGACAGCUGUGUGCGACAUUAAUAAACCACCACCCACAUUACAGGUGUUGGUACUCUAAAUUUAUAACUUAAUAUAUAUAUUCUUAAACUUCUUCAAAAGACUCUAGACGGAUUGUAAAUCGGAUAGAACAGUCGUAGGCGAUGUUAGUCCGUCUUACAUUUCGACUACGUUCGCACAUAUUGCCAUUUUCACCGGUUACAAAUGGGUUUCUUCGUCGAGUCGCCUUUCUGGCUGAAUGGAGGGAAUUUUACGUCUCGGUGACGUCACGUCCAGCCGACGUCACACAUCCGGGCUUUUCGGUAUUGUAGUAGUAGCUGCGACUGUUGUCAGUUGAGUUCGGCAAACUGCAACAUCACAAAAUAUGUCCAGAGAAUUACACAUUCGUCAAUCUAAAUCUGAUCCAAUUUUGCUCUUGCCAUCAACCGUCUGCCACCGUCAGAGCGGGCUCGAUAACCAAAACCUACAACAGCAGUUGUCGUUGUCCCCUAGUUGGCACCAGCAGAUAUCGCAUAGUUGGGAUCAAGAAUUCUAUCAUAGUUUAGAAGAUUUGAACAGACAGACUAACCUCGACACAAAUAUGCUCACCAUUGAAGGCCUGAGGAGUCACUUUAACUCUUGUUUCAGUUGCGGUGUCAGCUGGUAUGAGGAUCAUGUGUCACUAGAUUGUUCGGAGUGUGGAGGAUAUGCAAUGCAGAGACCGUGCUUAAAAUGUGACGGUCAGUGUGAUAGCGUUUGGAGAAGAGACCUUGCAGCAUCUCACGACACACACAGAGCGCAGUGGGAAGGAGAAUGCAAAUUGAACUCCAAUGAUAAACAGAAAGUGUUGAACGGUUUACGCCAGAACAACGCCAUCGACAGGAGGGAACACACAUCAACAAAUCUGAAUAAUUUAUGAAAACGGUCUGAUUAGUUUAGGUGAAAAUAAUUAUAACAAAAGUAAAAAAAUUGAAAAAAAUUACUACAAAAUCUCAUUUCCUUUUUGCAUUUGUGCAAUGAAAACAUAUCACUAAAAGUAUUUCCAGUCUAAUUAUAAUGGACAAAAUUUGUGUACGAUGAUACGGUAUAUAAUGUUUUGAUAUAUCUGUAUAAUGUAAAUCAUGCAAGGAUUUAAAAAGAAAAAUGAAAUAAUUGGUCUUCCAUUCCUAGAAGUUUUCAUCACACAGACCAAUUGUUGUUUUAAGUUAUAUAUAUUUUUUGGUUUUUUGUGUUCAUCCUUAAAUUAGUGUGUGUAAAUUUGGCACUGUGAUAAAUGCUAAUUAUUACCAAAAAUAUUAUGAUUUAUUUUAGUGAUUCAUACGGUGAAAUCUCAAAGUCAAUAUAAUUGUUUUUUCAUCAUACAUUUUUUUUUUUGUGAUUUCAUAAGAAUCUUCCAUAUUCCAGAUAUUUUUCAUUUUUUUAAAUGUUACCCAAAAGGAAUUUUACAAGAAACUUCAGCAGAUAAGAAGGAAGAAAUCUUUUUAAAUGAAAAAAAUCAUUUUGAUAUCUAAAAAUUGAUGUGGAAUUUUGAACUGUGUACAUAAAGUCAAAUUUUCUACAAAGAUUGUGGCAAUAUUUCUAAUUAUAUGCAAAAACAAAAAAAAAAUUUAAAUUCUUGCCGAAAUUUUCUAUGAACAAAAAAAAAAACUAACUGAAUCAUUAAUGUUGAUCAUGUGAAUUUAUAAUAGUUAUAUUUUUGUAUUGGAUAGGUAUUUUUUACUUUAAUCAUCCAAUUAAAUUAUUUGUCUCUAUUGGAUGUAUAGAGAGUACGUUCUCGUACCUGUUUGUUUUCCUAAGAUCUAGUUUACUAUUUAUAAACAUAGUGAGAGAA